UGAGUUCAGAAGCGGGAAGAAGAAUACUUGCCAAGAAAAAAAAAACAAGCUUUUGGAGGAGUUUAAUUUUUUGGAGGAGUUUUUCUUUUUUGUAUGCGUAAUUUUAAUUUUUUGUCGAUAAAACAAGGAUGCAUUGUGGAUUAGUCUUUAUCCUGUUCAUGGGAAUCCUCUUGGUGGUCAAGGCUUUCAAAAACGAACUCUUGUCACUCCCCUCUGCAGAUAAAUGUGGAGGCAACAUCAGAAUCUCAACCGCCAACUACCUCACUUCGCCCGGAUACCCCAUGUCUUACCCCCCUUCUCAGAGAUGCGUGUGGGUGAUCUCGGCGCCGGGUCCUCACCAGCGGAUCCUCAUCAACUUCAAUCCGCAUUUUGAUCUGGAGGACCGCGAGUGCAAGUACGACUACGUGGAGGUGAGAGAUGGUGUGGACGAGAGCGGUCAGCUGGUGGGGAAGUACUGUGGGAAGAUCGCCCCCUCUCCGGUCGUCUCCUCCGGAAACCAGCUCUUCAUCAAGUUUGUGUCGGACUACGAGACCCAUGGAGCAGGUUUCUCCAUCCGAUAUGAGAUCUUCAAGACAGGACCCGAGUGCUCCAGGAACUUCACCUCUAACAGCGGUGUCAUAAAGUCACCCGGGUUUCCGGAGAAAUACCCCAACAACCUGGACUGCACUUUCAUGAUCUUUGCGCCUAAGAUGUCUGAAAUCAUUUUGGAGUUUGAGAGCUUCGAGCUGGAGCCCGACACGACGCCCCCUACUGGUGUGUUCUGCCGCUACGACCGGCUGGAGAUCUGGGACGGCUUCCCUGGAGUGGGCCCAUACAUCGGAAGGUACUGUGGGCAGAACACCCCGGGCAGAAUCAUCUCCUACACGGGCAUCCUGGCACUGACAAUCAACACGGACAGCGCCAUCGCAAAGGAAGGCUUUUCUGCCAACUUCACCGUCAUCGAAAGGACCGUUCCAGAGGACUUUGACUGUAGCGACCCUUUGGGAAUGGAAUCAGGAGAGAUAACAUCAGACCAAAUCAUGGCUUCAUCCCAGUACAACCCCAGCUGGUCCCCAGAGCGAUCCAGACUCAACUACUAUGAAAAUGCAUGGACGCCGGCAGAGGACUCGAACAAGGAGUGGAUACAGGUGGACCUUGGGUUCUUGCGGUUCGUCUCAGCCAUUGGUACCCAGGGCGCCAUUUCCCAGGAGACCCGGCGGAUUUACUUUGUCAAGUCCUACAAGGUGGAUGUCAGCUCUAAUGGAGAGGACUGGAUCACUUUGAAAGAAGGCUCCAAGCAGAAGGUUUUCCAAGGCAACACCAACCCAACAGACGUUGCCAAGACGAUGCUGCCUAAACCCACGCUGACGCGUUUCGUCCGGAUCCGUCCCGUUACCUGGGAAACAGGCAUCGCACUGCGCUUCGAGGUGUAUGGCUGUAAGAUAUCAGAGUACCCAUGCUCAGGCAUGCUGGGCAUGGUAUCAGGCUUGAUCACUGACAACCAGAUCACUGCGUCCUCCCAUACGGACCGGAGCUGGGUACCAGAGAAUGCCCGUCUGCUGACCAGCCGGACAGGUUGGACCCUGCUGCCCCAACCACAGCCCUUCACCAAUGAAUGGCUGCAGGUGGAUCUUGGCGAGGAGAAGCUGUUGAAGGGGUUAAUCAUCCAGGGAGGGAAGCACCGUGAGAACAAGGUCUUCAUGAAGAAGUUCCGCCUCGGCUACAGCAACAACGGCUCCGACUGGAGGAUGGUGUCGGACACGACCGGGAACAAGCCAAAGAUAUUUGAAGGUAACAGCAAUUACGACACUCCUGAACUCAGGACGGUGGAGCCCCUGCUGACCCGUUUCAUCAGAAUUUACCCAGAGAGGGCCACUCCUGCCGGGAUGGGCCUGCGACUUGAACUCCUCGGCUGUGAGAUUGAAGCUCCUACACUCCCGCCUACCACAGCAGUCCCGAGCACCACCCCGUCAGACGAGUGCGACGACGACCAGGCGAGCUGCCACAGCGGCACAGGUGAUGACUACGACGUGACAGGUGGUACCAUGAUGCCGGAGACCACUACUGCUGAAGUGGAUACCAUCCCAGCCUUCCUGUGGUUCGCCUGCGACUUUGGCUGGGCCAACGAUCCCUCCUUCUGCAGCUGGACAUCAGAGGACACUGGCUCGAAGUGGCAGAUUCAGUCCAGCGGCACCCCCACCCUCAACACCGGACCCAACAUGGACCACACAGGUGGAUCAGGGAAUUUCAUCUACACCUUAGCGACGGGUCCCCAAGAGACCGAGGUGGCUCGGCUCGUCAGUCCUGUGGUCAGCUCCCCAGACUCUGACCUGUGCGUGUCCUUUUGGUACCACAUGUUCGGGUCGCACAUCGGCACACUACAUAUCAAACAGCGCAAACAGACAGUGGACGGACCUGCAGACAUCCUGCUGUGGACGGUCAGUGGUCACCAAGGCAACCGGUGGAGGGAAGGUCGUGUCCUCGUUCCACGCACCAACAAACCUUAUCAGGUGGUGAUCGAAGGUAUGGUGGAAAGAAAGAGCUGGGGAGACAUAGCUGUGGAUGACAUUAAGGUUCUAAAUGGACUCAGCAUGCCAGACUGUAAAGAUCCUGACGUGCCCACUGAGCCGAUGCUACCAGAGGAUGGCUUCAAUGAAAUCCUUGAGGAAAUCACAGAAUAUCCGGACUUCGUAGAAACCAAUCAGAUCAGCGGAGCGGGCAACAUGCUGAAGACGCUCGACCCCAUCCUCAUCACCAUCAUCGCCAUGUCCGCCCUGGGGGUCUUCCUGGGAGCCAUCUGCGGCGUGGUCUUGUACUGCGCCUGCUCACACGGGGGCAUGUCGGACAGGAACUUAUCAGCUCUGGAGAACUAUAACUUUGAAUUAGUGGACGGUGUCAAACUAAAGAAAGACAAACUCAAUGUACAGAGCUCGUACUCGGAGGCGUGAGCCGGGGCUGAGUGCAUUCACGUGACUGUACGGCGGGCAGAGCUCGCGCAAGACUGUCUCUAGACACGACCUCUCGUCUAUCUGCGAGUAGGCGGGCUCAAAAGGACUGCCAACACCCUCAAACUCACUGGAUGAGGGCCAGGUUCAGGAACCAAUGGGAGGUUUGGACUGAUCCACGCUUUUCUCAGGAGCUGCAGUAUAAAGAACCCACCAGUAGGGGACACUGUGUACAAAUAAAAUACAGAAAAAAAAAUAUGUACAGAUGAUUUAGAUGCUAUUUUAAUUUUCUAUUUUGAUUUUCAUUCAUUUUUACAAUCGGAUGCUGGUGUUGAGACCAAUUUAUUAAUAAUGUUUAAAGUAUUUAUCGUUUUCUGGGAAAGAAA